GAGGAUGGUGCGGGCGGCGCGCGGGGCGCGGGGCGGGCGGCGCGCGGGGCAGCGGGCGCGACACGCACCGGCACCAGCGGCACCUCCCGCGGCGGCCGCCGCCACCUCCGCGCACCGGGCCGGAGCGCGACGCGCCGGAUGAUCUUGAGUUCUUCUUAACUUGCUAGUGCUCAGCCUCCUCAUGCCUCCAUCUCCUUUAGACGACAGGGUAGUAGUGGCACUUUCCAGGCCAGUGAGACCUCAGGAUCUCAACCUGUGUUUAGACUCUAGCUUCCUUGAAUCUGCCUCUUCUGCUGCUGAGAGCCACUCCAGUCUGCUUGGUGCAGCUGCCGUGUCCCUAAAGACUGCUAAUCUCACGUAUAUGCCCUCAUCCAACGGCUCUGCACGCUCCCUGAGUUGUGGAUGCAGCAGUGCCAGUUGCUGCACUGUGGCAGCGUACGACAAGGACACUCAGGCCCAAACUCAAGCGAGCACCAGCAGCACCCACGCCGGAGCCUCCCCCGCCUGCCCUGCCAACCAAAUGGUCAACAGCAAUGAGAGCGCCGGCAGCCUGAGCCCGCUGGGCGGAGUGGGGAGCCCCGUCUCGGGCAGCGCCAAGCAACUCGCCAGCAUCAAAAUCAUCUACCCCAAUGAUCUGGCCAAGAAGAUGACCAAAUGUAGCAAGAGCCACCAACAGAACCAAGGGCCUGUCAUCAUUGACUGCAGGCCCUUCAUGGAGUAUAAUAAGAGCCACAUUCAAGGGGCUGUCCACAUUAACUGUUCUGACAAGAUCAGCCGGAGAAGGCUCCAGCAGGGCAAGAUCACUGUCUUGGACUUGAUCUCCUGCCGGGAGGGCAAGGACUCCUUCAAGAGAAUCUUUUCCAAAGAAAUCGUAGUUUAUGAUGAGAAUACCAAUGAGCCAAGCAGAGUGAUGCCUUCCCAGCCACUCCACAUAGUGCUGGAGUCACUCAAGCGAGAAGGCAAGGAGCCCCUAGUCCUAAAAGGAGGACUCAGCGGUUUCAAGCAGAACCACGAAAACCUCUGCGACAAUUCCCUCCAGCUGCAAGAGUGCCCCGAGGGGGGAGGAGGGGGCGGCGCCUCCGCUGUGCCCCCCGUGCUACCUCAGUCCAUCCCCACCACGCCAGACAUCGAGAACGCUGAGCUCACCCCCAUCCUGCCCUUCCUCUUCCUCGGAAACGAGCACGAUGCUCAGGACUUGGAGAAAAUGCAGAGGAUGAACAUCGGCUACGUCAUCAACGUGACCACCCACCUGCCCCUGUACCAUUACGAGAAAGGCAUGUUCAACUACAAGCGGCUCCCGGCCACUGACAGCAACAAGCAGAAUCUCAGGCAGUAUUUUGAAGAGGCUUUUGAGUUCAUUGAGGAAGCUCAUCAGUGUGGGAAAGGUCUCCUCAUCCACUGCCAGGCCGGUGUCUCUCGAUCUGCCACCAUCGUUAUCGCGUACUUAAUGAAGCACACACGCAUGACCAUGACGGAUGCCUAUAAAUUUGUCAAAGGCAAACGACCAAUCAUUUCCCCCAACCUUAACUUUAUGGGGCAGUUACUGGAGUUCGAAGAAGAUCUGAACAAUGGAGUCACCCCACGAAUCCUCACACCGAAGCUGAUUGGCGUAGAGACUGUCGUGUGACAGCUGAGCUGCGAGGGGGCUGAACCUGUUCUUCACCUGAUUUGGGGCAGUGAUGGGUGGGUUGUGGGGUUUUCUUUUUAGCUUUCAAAGGGGAGUUUUGUGGCAAACUUUUUGUGAAUAAAAACCUUUUUUUGUAAGGAAAGGUUUUUAAAAGAUCCAAGAACUUUGCUGGGUUUGGGAUGCUGUUAUGAUUUCCUUCUCAGACACCAGCAGAGCAGGGAGGCUUCAGAGCAAAAGGAGUACUUUCUAAAAUAAAAACAACAAGAAGAAGAAACAUUGGGCUUUUUUUCUUUUAAUUUUUAUUUUUCCCCUCCUCUCUGGCUACUUGUAGAGUUUAUGGCUAAGUAGUCUGUGCAGGUUCAUAGACUGAAGAAACCUAAGUUGAAGACAAAACACAAAUAGCCAAAACAAAGCAGAAAAAAACUUCCCUGAAACAGAAGGGCCUUCGUUCUGCAAAGGCUUUGCUAAAGAUAACCUAGCAAAAUGCUCACCGAUGCAAAGGAAAUCAGAGCAGCUUAAAAGUCUGCAAGGCACUUUUCACACUCCUGACUCAAAACUAAAGAAGAAAACAAAGUUCAUUUGGCGUGUUUCAUGUUCCAGUUCUAUUUUUCUAUUUUGGGGUGUAAGGUUUUAACAGUAAGGGACUUCGAUCAUUCUAUGCCAUAUGCCUUCACUGGCUUCGUGUGCAAUAAUAAUUUGGGGUUUGUUUUGAGUGUUCAAACCAAUUAAGAGUUGGCUGCCCACUAAUAAUAAGAUAAUAAUUUUUAAAGUGUAAUAGUGCAACAGCAGCCAGCUUGGUUCAGAAAGGAUAAAUGAGAGCAGUUAUUUUGUUCCUUUAUAUGAUUUUGAAUCCUGGUUACAGUGCCAUAAACCUUGUUACAUAUGUAUAUCAGAAUGUACAAAAAUCUAGAACAAGCAAAGUUUAUUUAAAAAUAUUUUUCGCACAAAAUAUUGGUAUGUUUCAGUUGUCUAUGUAAAAGAAAUUUGAUUAUAAAACAAAAAAUCUUUUGGAAA